UCCUCCUCAGGUGACACGAUAACGAACCAGCAGGUGCUUUUAUUGUGGAGGCGGUAGCCAUUUAAGUUUUUUUAAACCAUUGAAGUUCUUUCAAAGUGAACCCAUUCAUCAUUUUUUCUAAGCAAAUGUGCACACAAAUGGGACAAUUCAAUAAUGACACAGAUUGCGUUGGGCUUGUGUCGUCAUGGGAACGUAGAAACACUUUCCAUAUCUGGCAACCUUUGCUCGGGUUGGACCCCACAGCGAAUAAAAGCAGCAAAGUUCUUCCACGCUUCAUUGUGUCACUCAGGCAGGACUUUGCACUGCCAGUCUUAGCACUCGCAACAUAACAUGAGUUUAUGCUGCAUUUGAAAUAGUCUACAAGGGAGGAUUACCAACUUCAAGUAGUUCAACACAAAAGGUGAGGAUGGACAGGACUGAUGACACCAACAGUUACACAGGAUCCAUCCAGUCCAACGGCUACUCGGCCUCGGACGAGGUGUCGUCACAGCUGUCGUCGCAGGUGUCAUGUAUGUCAAGGCCCAGUGCAAAGUCAAUAUAUUUGCGAAGGAAGGAGUACGCCGCCUCCAUGAACAAGACCAUCACCUAUUUCCAUUACAGAGUGGAGCAUCUUCUCACAUGCGAGCUGGAUGGCGAGGAGCUGGGAUGCCUCGCCGACUGCGUGGAGCGCCUCAGUCUACUCGACAAGAUGGGCCGAGUGUGGGGUCAGAACAUGCUGCUGGAGGUCAAUGGGCCAGAUCUGCUGCUCUCAGACAAAGAGAGCAAGGAGGUGCUGGAGACCAUCAAUCUGCAUGACGUCAUGCAGCUGAAGGCCAUAUUGGACACUUCGGCAUCCAACUCGCUGCUGGCGUUGACGGUCAAAGUCAGCAGGAAACCCAACGCCAGCGUCUACCUGUUCCACUGUGAGGACGUCAAAGCUGACUAUGUCCAAAAGGGUCUCUCCCAAGCUCGCUUACGCAGUGCGUCACAUGAAGGAGUGCACAGAGCAAGUAAGGUGGAAACCACAGAAAAAGCCGCGCAGUGGGCGCCGCCUGAUUAUAAUGAUGAUAGCGUGUCUGACACUGACUUGGUUACGCCUCAGAAGGAUGAUGAUUAUGAGAAGGAGGGGGUGUCCACCAAAGCAGAACCUUCACAUCCUCCACGCCCAUACACAGAGUUGGACAGAAAUGUGGACGUCCUGAAUCGUAUCGUUACUGACAUUGAGAUAUUCAUGGGUAAAGUGGCUGCAAUAGUAAGCAAAAACGGAAAGAAAAAAAAUUGGAAAAGAAAAAAAGACAAAGCCAUGGCUGGUAUGCCCCCUGCUGGAGAGUUUGCAGCAUGUCUUCAUAAGGUCAAAUGUGGCUUCAAUCUUCUGGUGGAGCUCAAGGGAAAGAUUCGGAAUCCAGAUGUCUCUGAAUUUGUCCACUCCCUAUUCUCUGUGUUAGGUUUUCUUGUGCGUCACUGCUCUGAGGAGCUGCCUCCAAGCAUUGUAGCUCCUCUGCUGACUCCUCAGUGUAUCUGUCUCAUGAGCGAGGAGGCCACUGCAGGGGAGGACCAGCUGUGGCAGUCUUUGGGGGACGCCUGGAACAUCCCCAGCACCAAAUGGCCCGAGGAUGAUGAGGACAUCCCAACAUACACUCUGGAGUUCUUUGACGGCUGGCAACCUCCUGAGCUGAGCGAGGAACCUGCACCUUCUGCUGCCGGCCCAGCAAUGAGGGCACAGGAGGUUCGUCAGGCCCCAUCCACCCAGAAGACCACCAAGAAGACAGAACCCGCCAAAAAGACAGCACCGCCUCCUGCACCAGCAACAACACAUGCAGCAAGGAUAAAUGCUAGGCCGCCUGAGAAGAAGCUGCGGUGCAUGCGAGUUAUGCGGGACUUCGCCUCCAGGAACCCCAGAGAGCUGACAAUCACAAAAGGCGAAGUCGUGGAGCUGCUGGACGUAUCCAAGCUGUGGUGGAAAGUGAGGAACAGCAGAGGAGAGGAAGGAUUUGUCCCCAACAAUGUCCUGACGGAAGAUGUAGAUCAAGUUGAUGACAUGCCAACUGGAAGCUCUCCUGUCUUAAGCAAGAAAUCCAAACCAGCAGAGGUGAAAGCCUGGCUUGAACACCUGGGCUUCACUAAGAUCACGGUACGUUGUCUGGGCGUGCUGAGCGGCUCCAUGCUCCUGGGUAUGACCCGGGAGGAACUGAAGACAGUGUGUCCAGAAGAAGGAGGGAGGGUCUUCUUCCGGUUACAAGCAGUCAGGUCUUCCAUCAUGGCUGGUGCAAACUGAGACACAGUGUGGAGAGACACCAUCAGAAGAUAUUUUAUACAGCUAACAAAUCACUAUGUUAUUUUAAUGUAAAAUACCCUCACUGGGCACUUCCUUAGGCACACUACAGACUGGAUCAACAAAUAUGCCACUUUCCCACCAACAAUUCUAAAAACUUUUAUUACAGAGAACUUUUUGCAUUCGGGUUAAAUAAAUCCGGGUAUUUUGUGUGGUUUGCGUUUUCACAGAAUUUAGGUAAUGUAUGCAAAUCAGACUGAUGAAGUAAGCAUAAAUGCUAUGUCUUUCCUUUCUUUCUUUCUUAAAUGUUCCUGGAAGAAAGACCUAUAGGUUAUUUUUCAGGCCUAGUUGUUUUAACUGAUUAGAUAACUUUGCUGGAAACGUUGCAAAACAAAAAAGUGGGAAAGUGGCUAUAAUGUUGUGUCUCUUAUAAAUGAUUGAACUAUGAGCUGUUCCCACUCAAACCACAAUGACAAACAAUUCGCAGGUUAACCUUAAACCAGGGGUGUUAAAUUAAUUUUAGAUCGGGGUCCACAUGGAGGAAAAUCUACACCCAAGUCGGCCGGCCUGGUAAAAUCAUGGCACGAUAACUUAAAAAUAAAGAUAACUUCAGAUUGUUUUCUUUAUUUAAAAAUAGAACAAGCACAUUCUGAAAAUGUACAAAUUAUAAUGUUGUUGUUUUUUUUUUACACUUACAUGUUGCGGUUAAUAGUAUUCUACCUUUAUUGUCGUUAUUUAUACUUUCUGAAUAAAUUAUAUGAUAAUGUUCAUCAGUCAACUCCAUCCAUCCAUCCAGUGCCGGCCCAAGCCUCCAUGGGGCCCUAAGCAAAAUUUGAUUUUGGGGCCCUCUAUUUCUGCCAAUAAUAUUGAUUGAUCAUUCACACACCUACUAUAAACUCAUUGCGGCUCUGGCAGUGUUGUUUACAUGAUCCUAUUGUCAGCCUGGCAUGUCUUUACAAAUGACAUGUCAUUUAUAAAGAUAUGGGGGUGGCCCAGUUAAGAACAUAAAUAAUACCAAUGAAUGAACGAAUGAUGUCCAGAGUGCCACAUAUGGUUCCUAAUCUUAAAAUGUAGAAAACAUUCAGCUACAAGAGUGGCCUGGGGUUGAACAGUCCAAGUGAUAAAGCUUUGUAUUUACAGUAAAAGUGUCAUCUUGUCUCAUCAGUCUUGUACAUAUUAGUCUUUAAUUACUAGUUUAUAUUUUUAGUUAAUUGUUCAUAUUUAAUGUUUACUUUGUACAAAGAGAGCGCAGUCUACUGAAGUUAAAUUCCAUGUGUGUUAAACAUAACUGGACAAUAAAGCUGAUUCUGAUUCACUUUAUUAUUUUUGGUAACAAAAACCUGAAACAGCAAUGUGCAAAAAUGUUGACCUAAAAUUGUGUUUUUGUACAAUAAUAUAUCUUUGAUCAUUUAGAAAUCAUCAGUCAGACUCGUACAUGCAAAAAAUAAAAAAUAAUAAUUUUUUGUUAAUUGCUUUUGGGGGCCCCCUGGUGGCCGCGGGGCCCUAAGCAAGCGCUUUUUCAGAAUGUGCUUGUUCUAUUUACUAAGCUUAGUACAUUUUCUACCACUUGUCCCUUUCGGGUUUGUGGGGGGUGCUGGAGCCUAUGGUGUUAAUUUUCAAUUUAUCAAGUUAAAAAUCUAGUAUCGAAAUCAAAUUACAGGAUGUUAUUUA